AUGGAAGGCAUAACGAGUUUGCCAGAAACAUCGACGGUUUCUCGCAACGUGUGUGGUCGAGCUUUAUCGCGCUCGUAACAUUAUUAAUUCUCUUAAUUACCAAACUUAACAUACGCGCGCCUUCUUAAUUCCUUCAAUAUGUAGAAUUCAAUGUACUGAUUAAAAUUUACUGUUUUUCUGGCUUUUACAUAAUGGAUUAAAUAUACUUGUUUAGCAUUCUAAAGGACUGCUAUACUAUCUUUUGUUUUAACACUAGAAUUGCCGACGAAAAUGUAAAACCUAUACUAAAGGAAAGAAUACACAAGUUUCUAUUUAUAGAUGCAUUUUAAGAAAAAUUAUUCGAGCCUCUAGAAAUGCACUGAAAUGAGAAAUUACGAACUAGUCAUUUUGAUAAAACUUGUCUAUUUUACGUACUAAUCUUGUAAAAAAAAUACUGAUUUACGAGAAUUAAUUUUAAUACAUUCAUUUACAACGAAUGAAUUUGACAUUGGUACUACAUGCAAUUCAGCGCGUUCUCUCAUUCUUGGUUCAAAUUUUUAAUCCGAAUUUCAACGUUCAAAUUUUUUCAUUCGACAUCUCUAGCUAUAUCUCGAGUGAUUGUAAAAAAUUUGUCGGACUUUGUUUCAGAUCAUUCCGAGCGACGAGCAGGAGCAAAGCCGAGGGUGACAGAAGCGGUGUGAUGAGCGGAUAUCUCGGUAACAUUCCCCUGCCCCCAACGUUGUUGCACGACCCGAAGUAUCCUCCAGCCAUGCGGGAGAAAGAUUCGAGUCCGAGAAAAAUGCCGGGCCAUAUCAGCCCGAAGCAAGCCAGCAUCUACCCGUUGAGCGUUCGCGUGCCGGACGUCGAAGAGCUGCCAUACGAUUUGAGCCACGGCCACGGUCGUGGCCUGUCGAGUCCCACGAAUCAACAGCAACAUCGGCAACAGCCCCAUAUGAGCCCAGCGGCCAGGCCGCCUCAAUCUCAUCACCAGGAGGAUCUCGACUGCGAGCCACUAGAUCUUCGCGUCGAUCACAAGAAGGAGAGACUCACCGACGAGAAUCAGAACGAGAUCGAAGUUCUGAAUCAGAAUAGCCUCGGCGGGAGUCUUCCCUAUCAUACGGUCCUGUUCCCUCAGCAUCAUGCCGUUCAUCCGUUGGUCCUCGAGGCCAUGUACAGGUCACAUCAUCACAGUUCGCCGGUUCCGGACUUACCUAAAAUUCAAGUCCGCGCGUUACCUACGAUGGUACCGUUGCCACCCAACAGAUUCUCUUCCACCACUUCAUCCACGUCAUCCUCAUCGUCUCAAGCUGCCACGAGAGUGCCGAGCCCUUCUGGCGGCCAGCAACAUCAGCAGCCGCAGCAACAAAGUCACUCGAGUCAGCAGCCACAGCAACAACACCAACCAGCGUCCAAUCUUCCGCCGUACUCGAUCAGCGUUCAAGCCGGUUUAAAGCCGAAGGACAGAUACUCGUGCAAGUUCUGCGGUAAAGUGUUCCCCAGAUCGGCGAACCUGACGCGGCACCUGAGGACGCACACCGGCGAGCAGCCGUACAAGUGCAAGUACUGCGAGAGAAGCUUCAGCAUCUCCAGCAACCUCCAACGUCACGUCAGGAACAUCCACAACAAGGAAAAACCAUUCAAGUGCCCGUUGUGCGAACGAUGUUUCGGCCAGCAGACGAACCUGGACAGACACUUGAAGAAACACGACGCUGACGGGCCGACGAUACUGGACGAAGUUAGAUCGAGGUAUCACGGACAAUUGCCAAGGGCAGACGAGUCCUACUUCGAGGAGAUUCGCAGCUUCAUGGGCAAGAUCACAUCGCAGAGACAAGGGAUACCGUACUUCCCUGGGCUGCUGGGUCACGGAGGGGACGACUUCAGGAACGACAAGCAACAACUUCAACUGGAAGAGAAGAGGGGCGAUUCUUCCUACUUCAGCGACAGGGAUAACCUGAGCUCAAGGUCGAGCAGCACUGCCAGCAGACCCGAGAGCGUGCAAGAGGAACAGCGAGAUGUGAUCGUAACGAACAGGGAGACUAGGCCGCUUCAAGCUAAGUGGAGUCUUGGCCUCGCCGAGGACAUGACUUUGACCCACAUGCCAGUAACACCAACUAGGCUAUUG